AUGCAACGCAUCAAAGGUCUUAUGACUGGUUCUUUACCUACUUUUAUUGAUGCUGGUUCUAAUUUUGAUUCAUCGGCUGUUACUGAAGAUCAUCUUUUGCGUCACAUUGCAACCCGUUAUCACAAUCGAUAUUUUAUGGGCGAUGAUACUUGGGUUACCUUAUUUCCUGAAAGCUUUGUGGCCAAUCAGACUUGGGCCUUGGAAAGCUUCAAAAUGCUAGAUCUUGAUUCAGUCGAUAACGCGAUCGAAGCUCAAUUAUGGCCUCUCUUGAAUAAUAAUGAGACCCAUUGGGAGCUUAUAAUAACCCAUUUCUUGGGUGUGGACCACUGUGGACAUACAUACGGGCCCUCUAACCCACACAUGAGCCGUAAACUACAGCAAAUGAAUACUGUUAUUGAACGUCUGUUAGAGCAUGUUGAUAAUGAUACACUGUUAGUCAUCAUGGGUGAUCACGGAAUGUCUUCUGAGGGCGAUCAUGGUGGUGAAAGCGUUGAAGAAUUAACAAGCACCUUAUUCUUGCAUUCAGAGCGAAGAUUAACUCAUAUCCAGAAUAAAGAAUUUUAUAAACGUAUUCAUGAUAAAAGAUCGCAGUUAUUAGGCUAUGAACUUUCUGAUAUAACAAAACGUCUCAAUUACGACGCUUCUAAACACCCUAUAGUAGCUCAAAUUCACUUAGUACCUACACUAGCUUAUCUUUUACAGGUACCUAUCCCCUUUGGGAAUUUAGGAGCUAUUAUACCUGAUGUGUUAUAUCCUUUAGAAAAGACGGAUCAACAAGAUUAUUUAUGGCAUAUGGCGGAACAAUUCCGUAUAAAUGCUUUACAAGUUCAUGAUUAUUUACAACAAUAUACCCAAAAUACACAUCAUUUGGAUUUUAGUGAAGAUAAAUUAGAGUCCAUGUAUGCUUAUCUUUACAAAGCAGAAGAAAUCCUUUUCCAACUUUUGGAGCAGCAAAGUAACGAUAUAACGCGCCAAUUAGAGGAAGCUAUCUUGGCUUAUGAUCAUUUCUUAAUCAGUACGAUUAACUAUUGUAAAACAAUUUGGGCGCAAUUUGACACUGGAAGUAUGAUAUUGGGUCUUAUGUUAUUAGGAUUAAAUACAUUAUUGACAUUGAUAGCUGCAUUAAAAAUGACGUGGAUAACAACAUGGCCAAAGAUGUUAACUAUACUCUCUGGAAUAGUCGCAGUAAUGGGUGGCUCCUCUUACUAUUUUAUAGACACCAUUUUACAAUUGAUUCCAGUGCAUUGGUUUGAAAAGAUGGGAAAGGAAGAUUGGAUAGCCACAUCCAUUAUAGUGUCAAUUUUAUUGUCAUUUAUCAUCUUAUUGCUAAGAAAGGAGCGAGAUACGAAAAUGCUAGCGACAACAGUGACUGUAGGAUGUAUAGUUUUACGAGGAUGCACAUUGGGGUCUAACAGUUUUGUUGUUUGGGAAGAUCAAAGCACAGAAUUUAUUUUAGCCACACUAUCAGUAGCUUGGACCCUUUCUAAUCUUUUUAGUAUCAUCAAUCAACAGGCAUCAAUGAAUCACAGUUGGAAGUCAAAAGUCAUUCAAUUUUUAAAUGCUAUAUUUCAUCCACUUUUAUUUCUAAUACUAGUACGUCUCUUAAGUGUUAUCGGCCAAUGCCGUGAAGAACAGUUUCCUUAUUGUCAUUAUUUGCAAAGCAACGAUCUCUUGGAGUUU